AUGUCCACGCGGUCGAGGUCGGUGCAGGGCUCCGUGGGCGGCGGCGGCAGCACGGCUGGGGGCUCGGCCGUGCCGCUCGCCGUGCUUCUGCGGCGGGAGGUGGUCAGCGAGAGGACCGCCGCCGAGCGCCCGGAGCUCCAGCACGGCCUCUUCAGCCAAGCCAAGAAGGGCGAGGAUUUUGUCUUCCUCAAGCCCGACUGCGAGCGUCUCCCCGGCUUCCCGCCAUCCUCCUUCUCUGCCUUCGGCCUGUUUGAUGGGCACAAUGGGAAUGGAGCCGCUAUUUAUACAAAGGAGAAUCUCUUGAACAACAUCUUGGGUGCAGUCCCUGCUGAUCUCAACAGGGAGGACUGGCUUGCUGCGCUUCCAAGGGCGAUGGUUGCAGCAUUUGUCAAAACCGAUAAAGAUUUCCAAACAGUAGCACGCUCUUCAGGAACAACAGUGACAUUUGUCAUAAUAGAUGGAUUGGUUGUUACUGUUGCAUCUGUUGGUGAUUCGCGUUGUGUAUUAGAAGCUGAAGGUUCAAUUUAUCAGUUAUCUUCGGAUCAUCGUUUCGAUGCCAGUAAAGAGGAGGUUGAUCGUGUAACAGAAGCUGGAGGUGAUGUUGGAAGGCUAAAUGUUGUUGGUGGUGCUGAGAUUGGCCCCCUUAGAUGCUGGCCUGGGGGUUUGUGCCUGUCAAGGACAAUCGGAGAUCAGGACGUGGGUGAAUUUAUCGUUCCUGUUCCUCUCGUCAAGCAAGUAAAGUUAUCUACUGCUGGAGGCCGGCUUAUUAUUUCAAGCGAUGGUGUUUGGGAUGCUUUGACUGCAGAACAGGCUCUGAACUGUUCAAGAGGACUUCCUCCUGAAGCUGCAGCCGAGCAAAUUGUUAAAGACGCAGUGCACUCAAAGGGACUGAGGGAUGACACCACUUGUAUAGUCGUUGACCUAGUACCAGAAAAAGGCAACCCAGCUAUGUCAGCUCCUAAAAAGCAACCAGGAAUGGGUGUUUUCAAAAAUAUGUUUCGCAAGAAAACAUCUUCCGACUCAUCAUCCCAUGCAGAUAGAGAAUAUAUGGAUCCAGACGUUGUAGAAGAGAUAUUUGAGGAUGAAUGUGCAUUGCUCUCUAGACGGCUGGAUUCUGAAUACCCUGUUCGAAAUAUGUUCAAACUCUUUAUAUGUGCUAUUUGUCAAGUAGAGUUAAAGCCAAAUCAAGGGAUAUCUGUACAUGAAGAUUCAUCACAACCUGGGAACUUGCGUCGAUGGGAUGGUCCGUUCCUUUGCCAAAGCUGUCAGGAAAAAAAAGAAGCCAUGGAGGGAAAGCGCCGUUCACGAGAUUCGUCAUCGAGAAAUAGCGGGUCCAGUGAAUAG